GUUUAUCAAAUCGGAUUUUUUAUUUUAUUUUCGUAUAGGUAGAAUGUUUUUAUACUGAUAAUAAAAAAAAUAUUCAAUUUUAUCUAACAGAUACAAAAGAAAAACAAAAUUUUAAUAAAAAUGUCCGUAAUAGCUAUAAAAAAUAUUUUUCAAAAACGUGGUUUUAUUUCAAACCAGUUCAUAAAGAUUGUUUCAUGUAACUAUUCAACUAAUAUUAAAAAAUCAAAAAAAGUUUACAAUAAUGUUGACGAAAUCAUUGCUGAUAUACCAAGUGGCUCAAAAAUAUUGUUUGGCGGAUUUGGUCUGUGUGGUAUUCCAGAAAAUAUUAUUGGCGCACUUUUAAGGAAAAAAAUUAAUAAUAUUACUGCUGUCUCAAAUAAUGGGGGUGUUGACAAUUUUGGUCUAGGAUUAUUAAUAAAAGAAAGGCAAAUUAAACGUAUGAUUUCAAGUUAUGUUGGAGAAAAUACAGAAUUGGUUCGACAAUUUUUAGCAGGUGAAUUAGAAAUUGAACUGACACCCCAAGGAACUUUGGCUGAACGAAUUAGAGCAGGAGGAGCUGGAAUUCCUGCAUUUUUUACUCCCACUGGCUUUGGGACAUUGAUUCAAGAGGGCGGCUCCCCAAUUAAAUAUUCAAAAGAUGGUAAAAUAGAAAUUGCAAGUACUCCAAGAAAAUCACAGACUUUUUCUGGGAAAAAUUACAUAAUGGAAGAAGCAAUAUUAGGUGAUUUUGCUAUAGUUAAAGCGCAUAAAGGAGAUCCUUUUGGAAAUUUAGUUUUUAAUAAGGCAGCAAGGAAUUUUAAUGCGCCAAUGUGUCGUGCAGCUAAAAUAACUAUUGCUGAAGUAGAAGAAAUUGUCCCAGUCGGUUCAUUAAAUCCAGAUGAAAUACAUGUCCCGGGAAUAUACGUUCAAAGAAUAAUUAAAGGAGAUAAAUAUGUAAAAAGAAUAGAAAAAUUAAGGAUAAGUGAAGAAAAUGAUGAAAAACCAAAAUCACAAGAACAAAGCUCAGGAGCUUCAUUAAGAGAAAAGAUUGCUCGUCGAGUAGCUAUGGAAUUUAAAGAUGGAAUGUACGCAAAUUUGGGAAUUGGAAUACCAGUUUUGUCAGCAAAUUACAUACCGAAAGGAAUGAAUGUAUUUUUACAAUCAGAAAAUGGAAUUUUAGGUUUAGGACCCUUUCCGAAGAAAAAUGAAGUUGAUCCUGAUCUAAUUAAUGCUGGUAAAGAAACUGUUACAAUUAUACCUGGCGCCUCUUAUUUUGCUUCAGAUGAUAGUUUCUCAAUGAUACGUGGGGGUCAUGUUGAUUUAACAAUAUUAGGUGCUAUGGAAGUUUCGCAAUAUGGUGACUUAGCUAACUGGAUGAUUCCGGGCAAAAUGGUUAAAGGCAUGGGUGGAGCUAUGGACUUAGUUGCAGCUCCAGGUACUAAAGUAAUUGUGACAAUGGAACAUAACGCAAAAAAUGGGGCUCAUAAAAUAUUAGAAAAGUGUUCCUUACCACUAACAGGCAGAAACUGUAUCGAUAUGAUAAUUACAGAAAAGGGCGUAUUCACUGUUAAUAAGGAAACUGGCUUAACUUUAAUUGAAAUUGAUGAAAAGUAUUCAACUGAUGAUAUUAGAGCUGCAACCGGAUGUCACAUAAAUAUAUCCGAUAAUUUGAAGAAAAUGGGGCAGCUAUAAAACCGUAAACUAAACAGAACAUGCAUAUAGAUGCAUAUACAUGCAUACUUACAUGAAUAUCUUAUUCAAAACUAUAUACUACAUACGUGAUACAAGAGGCAUUUAAAAUCGUCUUUAUUUUAUGUAGCUUUUUUUACGAAUAAUAUUUUUUAUUGUUAAAAAUAAAAUUAAUAAUGUACUACAUUAUAAUAUAAUACUUACAUACGUAUGUAUGUAUCUUAAAAUCAAAUUUAUAUAUUUUUGCAUGCAUACAUACAUAUGUAAAUAACUUUGUAAAAUUUUGUACUUUUUUUUGCUAGAGGCUUUUUAAAUUAAGGUCGGAUUAUCAAUAGCUUUUACUGCCGAAUGAAAUAAAAAAAUAAAAUGAAAUAAAAAA